UAUGUCAGAUGCUACGGAAGAAACAAGAUUGUUCAGUAGAAAAAUAUUGGGUAAAGGAAUGGUUUAUAAGAGAAGAAACGAUAGCGACAUCAGGGCGCCGACGCGAGGCGUCGAAACGGUCGACGCCGCGUAGACGCCGAUUGUUCGCCAGUACACGUUCGUCUUGAACACAGAGCGUAUCGGUUAUAUUUAUUGCGAAGAAAUAUUUUUUUCGGUUGUGCACGAUGUUAUUGCUAGCGUGAGUGUAUCAAUGAAAGAAAGUCAGGAUUAUUAUGAGACCUAUUAUGCAUCUUUCUCUUGAUAAAGUCGAUGACUGUAUCUUAUUUUAUAAAAAGAAACUUGGUCUUCUCUUAACGUGACAAAAAAAAUUGGUCAUUGUCUGACUACGAUAGAAGAAUGUGCUUAGGUGUGCGAUUGACAUACCGGAGCUGAGAUGUACGUCGUGGCAAAUUGUUUCGCGAUGAACUAAGUUCGCGAUUCAAGAGGCGACGUUUUUGAAUUGAGUCCACGAUCGUGCGCGACCAAGCAGACAAACGAGAUAAAAAAUAGAGAAGAAACCGGCGGCGGAGAAGUGAAAAAUGAGGGCCUCGUUGCUGUUGCUGGGGGGCAUCGUGGUAUUCUCGGUCGCAGUCGCGAGAGCUCUCUCCUGUGUCUGUUCACCCUUCGAGUGUGACAUUCUCACCGAUGAGGAUUGUCCCGGAGGCCUCACCUGGGAUCCCUGUAGAUGUUGUAAGGUGUGCGCUCGUGUCGAGGGAGAACCAUGCGGUGGUUUGUUUGGAUUUUCUGGAAGUUGUGCCAACGGCUUACAAUGCGUCAUCAAAAACUUGCUGCCCAACACUCGAGAAGUGGACGAGGGAAUUUGUACAAAGAUCCCGGGCAGAUGGAGGAGGCAUUGUCCGCAUGGGCAGAUAAUGUCUGAACCUGGUUGCAACUUAGUGUCCGAGGGAACCGCCGGAGAAAACGGAAAUACCGUGUCUACUGGAAAAUGCGUUUGUGGACCGUCGGUGCCUUGGUGUCCAAACGAACCUCGUCCUUAUGAUUAUUCUACCCGACACGAGUGCAAGCUCAAUUUGGCCGCAAAGAUGAAUUACGAUCUCUUUAAUUCUGGAAACACGGAAAGCGAUGACAUUCAAGGUGAGUCAUUUUUAGUUUAUUUUGAUAGUUUCUGGAAAGAAUUUAAUGCUUAUUAUUUAACUAUAUAUGUAUAUAUAUUAAUUAUAUUUAUAAAUAUAUAAAUACGCUUGUAUUAACGAAUUGUAUAUUAUAAUUUCAAUUAUACUUGAAUUUUUAUUGCUGUAUCUUAAUAUUGAAUAAAAAAGAAUAUUUUCAUAAAAA